UAUAUAAAAGCGGAGAGCAGGAGGGAGGCAGCAACACAGCGGAGCGGAGAGGCGAUCCCUACCCCAGAUAAGAGAGAGGGAGCAAUCCUGGCUCUCUCUCAGAGGUAACCCCCUUGACAAAUGGUCCCGGGUCACCUGGAGAUUAUUUGCCCCUCACAGAACACGCUUGCAGCAAACUUUCCCAAUGAGAUUGGGUUUCGCGGUGAAGACGGUUCGCCUCCUCUCUGCCGAACAACUUUCUCUUCUUGUCCUGACGUAGGAUGUCUUUCUGUGAUGGGACUUCACCGCUUGGCUGGCACAUGAGCUGAUAUGGAGAAUGAUCCUCAACAUGAAUUUCGUGCACUCUGCCGGAGGAGUUGGCGACAACCGAUCAUCCCCAGAUCCCCCCUUCUCCGAUGUGAACUUGACGACCAAUAGCUCAAACGGGACCUUCCGAAAUAGCACCUCGGCGUCCCUGAGCUCAGCUAAAGGAGCAAUCCUCGGGCUGGUCCUGGUUCUCUUCAUUUUAUUCGCGCUGGUCGGUAACAUUUUAGUCAUCCUCUCCGUAGCUUUCAACCGACACUUACAAACAACCACAAACUACUUUAUCAUAAACCUGGCGAUCGCAGACUUGCUCCUAAGUACAACGGUGCUGCCCUUUUCAGCCACACUUGAGAUUAUUGGCUAUUGGAUUUUCGGGCGGAUUUUUUGCGAUAUUUGGGCAGCUGUUGAUGUGCUCUGUUGUACUGCCUCCAUCAUGAGCCUGUGUGCCAUUUCAAUAGACCGUUAUAUAGGGGUUCGCUACUCCCUGCGCUACCCCUCCAUUGUAACAGAGAAAAAGGCAGUAUUCGUUGUGGUAGGGGUAUGGCUCUUGUCCAUAGUCAUCUCUAUCGGCCCUCUCUUGGGCUGGAAACAGCCAGCGCCGCCGGAUGAGAAGGAGUGCCAAAUCACGGAAGAUCCCGGCUAUGCUCUUUUCUCUUCGCUGGGGUCCUUUUACAUCCCCUUAACUGUCAUCCUGGUGAUGUACGUCAGGGUCUACAUUGUGGCCAAAAGGACUACCAAGAACCUGGAGGCUGGGGUGAUGAAGGAGACAUCGGACUCCAGGGAGCUGACUUUGCGCAUCCAUUGUAGGAACAUUCAGGACGAGUCCAUCGUCUCCAGGUCCAAGGGGCAUCACAUAAGAAGUUCACUCUCUGUCCGUCUUCUCAAAUUCUCCAGAGAAAAGAAGGCAGCGAAGACACUUGGCAUCGUCAUGGGCAUGUUCAUUCUUUGCUGGCUGCCAUUCUUCAUCGCUCUCCCCCUUGGUUCAUUCUUUCCCUCCUUGAGACCAACUGAAACUGUCUUCAAAGUAGUAUUUUGGCUGGGUUACUCUAACAGUUGUGUAAACCCAAUUAUUUACUCUUGCUCUAGUAAAGAAUUCAAACGAGCUUUUAUCCGCAUCCUGAAAUGCCAGUGUCAUCGCAGAAGACGACCAGUCUGGCGGGUUUACAAUUACAACUGGAAGAUGAAUUCUCUUGAUCAGCAGAGAAAAGAUUCAGUGGACGGUGGCUCUGUUAUUUUCAAUGGCAAUGACCGGAGGUUGUCAUCAAGUCCCAAUCCCUGUUUCACUGACAAGAACAGGACACAGAGCAUGGAAAUGUGCAGCCUUCAGGGCUGGAGGCUGUUCCCUUCCUUUCGCCGUUCUCCCUUUCCAUCCAAUGGACCAAAAGAAAAAUGUGAGUUUCCCAGAAAGAUCAUCAAUGGAGGGUACGGAGUCUGUGCUAGUUCAACUAUCUUUACAAAGAGGACCACAACUUUUGGACAUCAAGAAAUAUUGGAGGGAUUUCAACAGAAUGUUCACAGUAAAACAGCUCCUAAUGUACCUGAAACAAAUAUUUAAACAAGAACCAGAACUUCCAAGUGUAAUGACCUGUUGUGAAAAUGUUGUGUUGCUGUAUGUUAUAUUGUUUACAAAGGUAUAAAUGCACGUAAUAUUAUAAUUACUACAUAAAUGUUUUACUCUAAUUUCUGUAUGUGUUGUAAUUUAUUGUUUCAGCUAUAUAUUAUGUUACUAUGAAAACCUCAUAUCCUCAGGAAGAUGUUUAUUGCCUAUAAUGCACAGUUUGCAUUUCAACAAAAAUAUUUUGUUUGCAUUUAAAGUCUGUGGUUUAAGAACUGUUUCAGUCCAUGUUAACCAAAGCAGUGUCUCCUAGCCAUUUGGGAAUGGAUGCUUUUGGAGAAUUGGGAUGAAACAAAGAUUUUUUCAGAGAGGAUGACCAAAAACUGGUUUAUGUUUAAAAAAAGUUACUUCUUCUGGUAUCGGUAUUGGAGCCUGAUGUUUCAUUUUCAUGAUCCCUCCUUUCACCAAAUCAGUUUGAAUUUCUCAAGGAGCCAUGCUGUGUAUUGCAGCAGGAGGGCCAGAAGGGAUAGAAGAGCAUUGGAUCACCUUGAACCACAAUUCCCAAGGGCAGAAAUUUUAUGCCAGCAGGAUUUUACGGUCUAAAGUCAAUGGAAUUUUGAAUGGCUCGCCGCAUUUUACAGCCCUGCUCCUGCCAUGACAGGUCCAUAAAAUUCCACCCUUGUAGUUGGCUAUUGAUUGUUAAAGGCAGAGGCUGAAGAGAGGAGACAGGUUACUUGUCCCAUCUUUUUGAUCAGGGAGUCAAGAACCAAAAAGAGGGAUGAUCCAAAAUUGUUUCAAAAAGAGAACUGUAACAAAUAAAGUUUUUUAACCAUUAAUUUCACAGGAUGCUCUUCAUCAUAAAAUAUGGCAAGCUGUGCUUAUGAUGCAUCACUUUUUGUCGAUGAAAAUCUCUGAAUAAAUAUUUUAAAAAGCAGUGCUUUCCAAAA